GUUGCCUGUUGAAUAGCACCAUCGACUCCUCAAGAGUUCUAAGCAUCUAUGUGUCUCUUCAGCAGAUUAAGAAUAUGAUGCAAACAACAUUAAUAACAAGACGAGGCAAAGCUACAACAGAUAAAGAAGAUGAGAUUCUCAGAGAAGUUCCUGGAAAUGACAAGUGCUCUGACUUUGGUGCUUCAGAACCUGAUUGGUCUUCUCUAAAUCUUGGCAUCCUAAUUUGUAUAGAAUGCUCGGGCAUUCAUCGGAACCUUGGUGUUCAUAUCUCAAAGGUAAGGUCCAUAACAUUAGAUGUCAGGGUUUGGGAGCCUACCAUCUUGGAUCUAUUCCGCACAUUGGGUAAUUCUUAUUGUUACUCGGUGUGGGAGGAGCUGCUUCAACUUCCAAGUGACGGAUUAACAAAUGUUGAUGCUAUUCAUCUGCUUCCAAGCCAAGCCCCAAAGAUGCCUUUCAUGAAAGGAGAAGUAUAUUCUGGCGAAGGUAUACUUUCUUGCAUGUUUUAAGGGCAUUCCUUCUCCAUGUUAUACAUUUUAUCCCUUGUGCUAAGCUUGAUCAUCCAUCAACUCGGUCUUUUUGUUUUUCCAUGGAAUUCUACAAAGAGAAUCUCAUGAUCAUUUGUAUGUUGUUUCAUUAGUAGUGGAGGUCCAAUGGAGAAACAGUGUGUCUACCCACUUACUGUGAAAGAACUAUUUAAACAAUGUGUCUUUCGUGGUUUAUAGCAGCAGAAAUAGUUGACAGGUUGUGACAGUAGAAACUUUGGUUUCUUCUCUCUAAUC